GUCCUGCAGCCACCUUGGAAGAGGUAGUGUUGAUGUCCGACGUCAGACAUGUCUGCUCUCCGUCUUCUUCUUCUUCUUCGCGCCAACUCCGCACGUCCUGCUCUUCUUGCUGCCACGGCCCAUCGGCAGAUCCACGUGGAGACUCCGCCCAUCAGACCAGCGCUGAGCAGCAGCUACGCCCACGGCACUUCCUCCAUCACGCUGCAGCACGCCACGCUGGGCGAGGCCCUGCUGAAGACGGCGGAGCGCUGGCCUGAUCGCGAGGCCUUGGUGUUCGUGCAAGAUGGCGUCCGCAAGACUUUCGCUCAGUUCCAGGAGGAGGUGGACCGCCUCGCCGCCGGCCUGCUGGCUCUGGGUCUGCAGACGGGGGAGCGCCUGGCCUUGUGGGCGCCCAACACCUACACCUGGAUCUUGUUCUUCUUCGCCAGCGCCAAGGCGGGACUCGUCCUGGUCUGCCUCAAUCCCGCCUAUCAGCUGCAGGAGGCGGAGUUUGCGCUGCGGAUGGCCGGCUGCAAAGCGCUGGUGUGUCCCGAGAGCUUCAAGAGCCAGAAGUACUGCGCCAUGCUGCGACUUCUGUGUCCCGAGCUGGAGUCUUGCCAGGCAGGAGACCUGCAGAGCCGCAGACUUCCCGACCUGCGCAGCGUGAUCGUCCUGGACAGCCGCCAGCCCGGAACCUUCCACCUGGAUGAGGUGCUGCAGGCGGGCAGCAGCCGCUUCCUGCGCCAACUUGAGCAGCUCCACAGGAAGUUGUCCUUUGACCAGCCCGUCAACAUCCUGUUCACCUCCGGAACGACGGGACGACCCAAAGGCGCCACCUUGACGCACCACAACAUCGUCAACAACGCCUUCUUCUGGGGCAAACGCGUGGGCUUCGACUGGCGGCCCGACACACGAGUCUGCCUUCCUGUGCCGCUGCACCACUGCUUCGGCUCUGUGGGGGGCGCCGUCUGCAUGGCGGUGCACGGCAUCUCGCUGGUCUUUCCGUCGCCGUCGUACGAUUCCAGAGCCAACUUGGCCGCCGUGGACAGCGAAAAGUGCACCUUUGUGUACGGCACACCCACCAUGUUUGUGGACAUGAUCCACCAGCCUGACCUGCACCUGUACCACCUGUCCUCUCUGCUCGCAGGCAUCAUCGCUGGCUCGCCGUGUCCUCCCGAGCUGGCAAGGAAGGUGAUGUCCAUCAUGGGAAUCAAGGAAGUCACAAUAGGAUAUGGAACCACAGAAAACAGUCCUGUGACCUUCUGUGGCUCGCCCUUGGACAACCUGGAGAGGAAGUGUGAGACUGUGGGCUACAUCAUGGACCACACUGAGGCAAAGAUUGUGAACCCCAGCAGCGGGGAGAUGGUUCCUCUGGGCUGUUCAGGGGAGAUCCUGAUCCGUGGCUACUGUGUGAUGAGGGGCUACUGGGGCGACCCCCACGCCACACACCUGUCCAUCACUCAGGAGGGAUGGUACAAGACCGGGUGAGUCCGCCACACCCACACCUGCUGGCACACUGCUCCUAUACGUGUGUGUGUGUGUGUGUGUGUGUGUGUGUGUGUGUGUGUGUGUGUGUGUGUGUG